GUUGCUACGCAGCCAGAUAGACUCAGUGCGCAGGCGCGAGCCUAUCUCCAUGGUAACCGCUAACAACCGCUGCUUGCUAAAGUUUUGAAGAAGAGUUCAUCGUGCGGUGUGUACAGUAUAUACUGCCGCUUGUCUUAUAUCCAGGUGACAUCCCUGUAAAAAAGCAGCUGUUCCAAUGGGCGUAGCGCUGACAAGAGCGGCUCAGUGGACAAGCGCUGGUUCUGGAACUGGCAAGCUAGAGAUCACACCUCUGAAUGAAGCCCUGCUGAACGACAUCAUAAAGUAUGUGGAGCUGUUCAGCGCCCGGCAUCCAGAAGAGGCAGAGUUUGUCUUCAGAGAACCACUGGAAUGGAAAACCAAUUUGGAGCCAUCGGCAUUUGGAUCUGGUUAUGAUAUUAGUGAUUCCACGGUGAAGUCUGACGAUGCGGACAAGGACGGGAACCCAUUAUUUCUCAUGUCUUCUUCUACGGUGAAAGUCAGGAGCUUUAAACACUUAUCCCGCUUUCUUCAGACCGCCAGAGAUAAAAAGUUAAAGGAGACGCAGGCUUGUUUGGAAGCCAACCGGGACCCUAUAUCCAGAAUCCUUGGUCCCGGCUUCGCUACGGUGGAAGGAGAAGACACGUCCAUGCUGCGCUUGGUAGAUAAAAUGCAUCAGAACGAGGAUCGGGAGGCAGAAGUCAAGAUGAAAAUCUUCCUGCUGUUUCAGCAACUCGAUAUGCAGCUGCUCAACAGCUCUCUAAACCACAUUUCACAAGAAGUCCGUGUUUCUCCCACCGCAGUGAAGAAUGAGAUUAAUCUAAUAAGACGUUUCUGCAAAGAUGAAGAAAAAUCUGUGCUGAAAUCAAUAGAAUACACUUCAGAUUAUGAAUUCGCAAAUGGUUGCCGAUCCCCACCUUGGAGACAGGUUCACGGUGAAAUCUGCUAUUUGAUGAUCACACCACAUGACGCUGAGCCUUUCUGUGUGACGUACAGCACGUCAGGUGCUUUCAUAAACUCAGGUAAAAUGAAGGAUAAGGAUGAAAUUAUCUAUGACAGGCAAAGUCAAGUUUAUAAAGAUCUCAUAACAUUGCUGAAAGACAAGUCGCCACAGUUUGCUGAAAACAUCACCAAGCAGGAUUUUAUAUAUGCCGAAGACCCACCAGUGGCUCAAACCAUUCAACAUGUGGAUGUAGUUGACGCAGAGGAACCAAGCCAAAACCAUUGGUCUAAUGAGUAUCCAGAAAAGAAAGCACAGGAGAAGACAAGGAAUCCACUUGUAAAAAGCAAGACUAACAAGGCAAAAUUAGAGCCGUCUCUGAAAUGGAAGAACCUAACCCAGAACGGUCACCAGGAUAACACAAUUAUAAGCAAGGACGAGAAGACUGCAAACAAGAAGGAUGGAUCCAAAGAGCCAAAAACUGUUAAGCCGACAAGUUCAGAAAGCAAGAAAAGACCCUUUAUUGUCACCCCAGGGCUCAGAAGGCCAUCUGCAUUAAAGAGUAAAACUCCUGGAGUACAAUCUGAAGAAUUUAGUGAAAGUUCGACCGAGAGUGAGGAGGACGAGGAGCAGCCUGAGCGACGUCAGGAGGGGAACACCGAUCUGCCUUCAGAGUACUGGCAGAUCCAGAAAUUGGUUAAAUUUUUAAAGGGAGGUAACCAGACUGCUACUGUUAUUGCUCUCUGCUCAAUGAGAGAUUUUAAUCUCACGCAUGAAACAUGUCAGCUGGCUAUACGAGACGUCGGAGGGCUUGAAGUUCUCAUUAAUCUGCUGGACACCGAAGAAAUCAAGUGUAAGAUUGGUGCUUUGAAGAUCUUAAAAGAAAUUAGUCACAAUUCACAGAUCAGAAGCGCUAUUGCUGAUCUUGGGGGACUUCAGAUUAUGGUAAAAAUACUUGACUGCCAGGACAAGGAUCUAAAAUUCCUGGCAGCAGAAACUAUUGCCAAUGUUGCCAAGUUCCGGAGAGCAAGACGAACAGUGAGGCAACAUGGCGGCAUUAAAAGACUGGUUGGAUUGUUGGACUGCGUCCCUAUGACAGCAACCAACCUGACCCCAGAACAAGAGAAGGACAUUGAGGUUGCUCGCUGUGGAGCAUUGGCAUUAUGGAGUUGUUCCAAGAGCACAAGGAAUAAGGAAGCAAUCCGCAGAGCUGGGGGCAUCCCAUUACUGGCUAGACUGCUUAAAUCUCCACACUCAAACAUGCUCAUACCUGUGGUGGGCACCCUGCAGGAGUGUGCUUCAGAGCCAAGUUACCGACUCGCUAUUAAAACAGAAAAGAUGAUCGAGGAUCUCGUCAAAAAUCUGAACAGUGAAAAUCAGGAGCUGCAAAUGCAUUGUGCUAGUGCAAUAUUCAAGUGUGCCGAGGACGAGGAGACUCGAGAUCUGGUGCGACAGUAUGGAGGACUACAACCUCUAGCCAUGCUCCUCGGCAAGUCCGACAAUAAGGAACUCUUAGCGGCAGUGACGGGAGCCAUUUGGAAGUGUUCCAUCAGCCUGGAUAAUGUGACAAAGUUUCAAGAAUACAAAGUUAUAGAAACCUUGGUGACCUUCCUGACUGACCAACCAGAAGAAGUCCUUGUUAAUGUCGUAGGCGCACUUGGAGAAUGUGGCCAGGAGCCCGCAAAUAGGGCCAUCAUCCGUAAAUGUGGGGGCAUAAAUCCACUGGUCAAUUUACUAACCAGCACUAACCCGGCCUUGUUGGUGAAUGUUACCAAAGCUGUAGGAGCCUGUGCAUCGGAGCCGGAAAAUAUGGCGGUAAUUGACCGAUUAGACGGAGUUCGUUUGCUGUGGUCGUUGCUGAAAAAUCCUCAUCCAGAUGUUCAGGCAAGUGCAGCGUGGGCCAUCUGUCCCUGCAUCGAGAAUGCAAAGGACGCUGGUGAGAUGGUUCGUUCAUUUGUCGGUGGCUUGGAACUUAUCGUGAAUUUGUUGAAAUCCGAACACAAAGAAGUGCUGGCAAGUGUCUGUGCAGCCAUUACCAACAUAGCCAAAGACGAGGAGAAUUUGGCAGUCAUAACAGAUCAUGGCGUGGUUCCCUUGCUAUCAGCACUGGCAAACACGACUGAUGAUAAAUUAAGGCGACACUUGGCCAACGCUAUCUCACGCUGCUGCACAUGGGGGAAUAAUAGAGUGGCGUUUGGAGAAGCUAACGCUGUGGCUCCUCUGGUGCGUUACCUGAAAUCUAGUGAUCCUGCAGUUCACCAAGCAACAGCUCAAGCUCUGUAUCAGCUCUCAGAGGACGCCAACAACUGCAUAACGAUGCACGAGAACGGAGCUGUUAAACUUCUCAUAGACAUGGUUGGUUCUGCCGAUGCCCUUCUCCAAGAAGCUGCAGCCGGUUGUAUAGCCAAUAUACGACGACUUGCUCUGGCCAAUGAGAAAGCAAGAUAUGGCUAACCUUCAACAAAGAACAUGUGUAUAGUUCACUCACCUUCACAAGUAGAUCACUAUCUGGAUUACAGUUUAGUCCUACUCACAAUUCAGGUGGCCAUUUUGUAGUCAGAAACCAAGGACACAACCAACAAUCCAAUUAUUGGGUCAUUCUCCUGCACAUUAUGGCUGCCUGUUCUGACUGUAGGAAAAUGCUACUUUAUAACAGAUUUGGUUGGAAAUUUGGUUUAAAAUGUUGCCUAUGCUGUGUGUUAUUCUGACAUCAUAAGUAAAAGACAUGAAACACCGGAAGUCUUACAUGUCCAUGUGUCAAAAUGUGUUGACUGCUUCACAGCGUGUUCAAAACCUGGAUCCUAUAAACCUGUCACUGGGCCCUGUCUUAUAUUUUGAGAUCCAUGAAAAAGUAAAGUAACUGUAGAUCA